AUGAUACUCACAGAGGCACCUUUUGGAGGGUUUGUUCAUAACGAGGAAAUCAACCUCGAUAAGAAUGGGGAUAACGGAUUUCAAGUCUUCUUUCAUAAUAUCAAAAAGGUAUUUUACUCGUUUAAAAAAAAAAUUGAGGUUUAUUGCAACCGUGCGAAUCAAGUAUUUCGUUCAAAAUUGAUAAACAUGAUUAUUAUAUUUUCAGAAGCAAAAGCUAGAAUUCUCGGUCCAACGGAUUUAUACGUUAAAACGGGCAGUGCAGUCACACUCACAUGUGUCAUAAGCCAAGGUCCUCAUGAUUUAGGAACAAUGUACUGGUACAGAGGUCCUAAUAUAAUAGAAGAAACUGUUCCACAUCCGAACGAUCUUGAUACUACCGCUCGGGUAAGCGUUACCACUGAAUGGACGGACGGCUUGACAUCGAGACUCGUUAUUUCCAGGGCGCAAGCGUCUGAUUCAGGAAACUAUAGCUGCAUACCGACAAUAGCUGCGCCAGCCAGCGUUAAUGUACACGUCAUUAACGGAGAACAUCCUGCAGCGAUGCAGCAUGGCAAUAAGAGUGCCGCUUCGCCGACGCUCGCAUUGUCGCUGUCUUUAUCCCUGCACUGUGCACUGGCGUUGCUCUGUUCGCAUUUCGGCAGCUCCACCAGUACCAAUUGGAGAUGAGUAAAAUCGAAAAAGGUGCGAAACAAUUCAGAAAAGUGCUAGUGAAAUAGUUUCAGUUAAAAUAAACACGAAUUGCAGUGAUUAUUUAUCAUUGAAUUGUAUUUUUGUUUCGAAUGCAAUGUGUGGAAGAUAAUUUCUAUAUGAAAUCGAAGCAAAUGCAAUACACCAUUUCUGUUCUGAGAGAAAAAUAAAUUUUCACACUUGCAUUGCACAAAUAUAAUUGUUCUGUUGCAAUUUUGUACAAUCUGUAUCUCGUAAAUCAUUUG